AUGGCUAUUGAGCUCCAUAUCUUCCCGCCUGUUCUCCUCCACACUACCUUGCACCCAUUAAUCACCGUCUUAGAUCCCAAAGACCCAGACGGAGAUUCCACAAUGACAUCCUCCAUCGAUUCCAUCCGCCCAGAUGAUAGCGCCCGAACCGGCGCUCGUACUCCAACUGGCAACGCCCAAGCUUCCUCAUCCGGCCUCAACACAUCAGAGCUUUCCCCUCCCGGCUCUCAGACACAGCAAUGCCCAGGUGCACCUCCCGUGGACACUCGAACGGCACUUGAGAUUCGGGCAGGACAGACUGCGGACAAAAAUGCGGAGCUUGCUGCGUGGAAGACCAAGCGUGCCCAGGAAGAUUAUCAGCGCGCUAUGGAGUAUGUCGUUGACAAGGACUUUACGCUAAAUGAAUUCGGGGAUCCAUUUGAUGAGCGUGACUUGGCAGAGAAGCUGAUAUGA